ACUAUUUCUUCAACUGCAGAAAAAGUUGUCUACCUUGUGGUUUUUCAUCUGUCAUUUGUCAUGUUUGUGUGGUCCUAUUGGAAGACAAUUUUCACAUCUCCUGCAUCCCCCUCUAAUGAGUUCUGCUUGUCAAAAGCUGAUAAAGAACAAUAUGAAAAAGAAGAGAGACCAGAAUCCCAGCAGGAGAUUUUGAGAAGAGCUGCUAAAGAUUUGCCUAUCUAUACGACAACAGCAUCGAGAGCAAUCAGAUACUGUGAUCGAUGCCAGCUGAUCAAACCUGACCGCUGCCACCACUGUUCUGCAUGUGACAUAUGUGUAUUAAAAAUGGACCACCACUGUCCAUGGGUGAAUAAUUGUGUGGGAUUUUCUAACUACAAAUUCUUCCUCCUGUUUUUAAUGUAUUCCUUACUGUACUGUCUGUUUGUUGCUGCUACAGUCUUGCAGUACUUCAUAAAGUUUUGGACAAAUGAAUUGCCAGAUACCCAUGCAAAAUUCCACGUACUAUUCCUUUUCUUUGUGGCAGCCAUGUUCUUCAUCAGCAUACUGUCACUCUUCAGCUACCACUGCUGGCUAGUUGGGAAAAACAGAUCAACCAUAGAAACAUUCCGUGCACCCACAUUUCGAAAUGGCCCUGAUAAAAAUGGCUUUUCUCUUGGAUGCAGCAAAAAUCUGAGGGAGGUUUUCGGAGAUGAAAAGAAGUAUUGGCUACUCCCUAUCUUUACCAGUUUGGGCGACGGGUGUAAUUUUCCAACUCGUUUGGUGAUUAUGGAUCCAGAGCAACUUACUGUCUCAAGCCAAAAUGAACCUGCCAAAAGCUCUGGAGCCAAUCAGUCCUUUCCUACUCGACCACUCAGUGAAUCACAAAAUCGACUGCUAGCCAGUGACAGUCAGUGGGUGGAAAGUGGCCCUGAAGAGGAAAAUGUUAAAUCAGGUUUCUGCAACACAUUUUGUGCUUGAAUAUUACUUAAUUUUGUUUGGAAGAAGUUGAUCAGUAAAAAAAUGGAACAUGAAUAUUUUAGGAAGAGACAAGAAAUUCAAGUUUCUGCACAGUACGAUGGAUUCUUGUAAGCACUAUUGCAGAGCAGGGAAGUUAAGACAGAUGCCUUAAGAUUCUUAAUGUGCAUUUAUGCAACACUGAAUUAUAUACUGCUACCAAAGGGCCAAAUCCUGAAGUGCCCUGCUUGGAUGCACAAGGUCCAGAGUGGGA